CUAUCCGUGUAUAAAUUGGCAGGUCGGAGCGCUACUCACUCUUAGCGCUGUCUCUGCUGCUGCUCCUUCUUCUUCUUCUUCUCGCUCCUCGGCACAGCCCUCAACGCCAGCAACAUGUCUGAGAAAAAGAUGACCUCCAGCCGCCGGCAUCACUUAAAGAGUUUGAUCCUGUCCAUCGCCUCCACGUGGAUCCAGCAGGAGAAGAAAGAUCUUGUGGUGGCCAAGCAGAACUAUUUGUCCGAGACCUGCACCAGGCCCAGUCUCAGCGGGGACCAGGCCACGCUCAUGGACACGUGCAGGAAGCUGAACGCCCUCAUCGAUAAAGUGGACGAAGAGAGGUACGACUUGUCCAUCAAAAUCGGAAAAGCUGACAAGGAGAUCGAGGACCUGCACAUAAAGGUGGUGGAGCUGCGAGGCGUGAAGAAGCCGGCCCUGAAGAAGGUGCGCAUGUCGGCCGACGCCAUGCUCAAAGCGCUGCUGGGCUCCAAGCACACCGUCAACAUGGAGCUCAGGGCCAACCUCAAACCCGUCAACAAGGAAGUCAAGGAGGAGCCGGGGGAGGCGGUGGGCGACUGGCGUAAGAACAUUGAGGACAAAGCAGACAGGAAGAAGAUGUUUGAAUCGGCCUAAAAAGCAGUUUUACAUUUAUUGUCAUCAAAAAAAGGUUUUGUUGUUUCAUUAAAUGUUUGCCAAAGUCAAACUUG